AUGGCAAACGCUGAGGAAAUUUCAUCGCUAUUGGUAGUCAUUUUAAACAUUUUCUCUUCUUAUACUGCAGUCACGCUGAACGUUAUAACCAUACAUGUGUUGAGAAAAAUUUCUUCGUUGCCGAAGCCUGUAAGAAUAUUACUAUUGAGUCUUGCUGUUUCUGAUCUUGCUGUUGGAUUAAUUGUGCAACCUAUAUCCAUAGCAAGGCUAAUAACUCAAAACACUGAUACUUUCCAGUUUAAGAAGACAUCUGAGGUGUUUGGGAUUUGUUUUACUGCAGCCUCAUUUUUAAAUAUAACAGCUUUAGGCGCCGACAGAUUCUUGGCCAUUCACCUUCAUCUUAGAUACCAGGAACUUGUAACUCGCAGGCGUAUUGUCACUGCAGUCAUCACGAUCUGGGUGUUCAGUGCAACUGUUUCUCUAUUUGAUCUCUGGGACAGAAUGAUAACGGCUGCUCAAGCUACUCUCCUUGCGAUUGUUAUAGUCUGUUUUAUUUCUGCAACAUUCUUUUAUUGCAAGAUCUACUUAACAGUGCGUCAUCUCACAAACCAAAUUCAUACACUGCAGGUGCAACAAGAAUCACAAAACGGUGAGAGCACUUCGCAGAACACAGCAAGGCAGAGAAAAUCUGCGAUCGCUACAUUUCAUGUAUAUAUCGUCUUUUUUUUAUGUAAUCUCCCAUAUUAUUCUAUUAAUAUUGCAAACAGGUUAUCUGGUCGUGAAACAAGUGAUUCAGAGGAAAUUCUAAUCGACUAUACUCAGACCCUAGUCCAUCUGAAUUCUUCACUGAAUCCGCUCAUCUACGCGUGGAAGAUGAGACCGAUUCGACACGCUAUUAUGGAAAUACUGCGAAACAUAUUGUCAAAACACUGCUGUUGAUAGUGGAGGAUGUUAGAGUUCUGCGUAUUCGAGGUUAUUCCGAAACUAAACCCCCGGGCUUAUAUUUUUCAAAGGCCCUUUUUGAGGGGCGUAUUUUUGGAGCGGCUUAUUUGCUUGGGGAAAUUUGCGUUUCAAAAUCGAUUGGGCUAGCCUUGUAGUUGGAAGAAAAUUUACCCUUUUUACUUUAGUUUACUUUGUAUUUGAAGGAGCGAUUUAACGGAGGGUUUUUUGCGUUACGAGUUUGGGGACCUUCUAUUUGAAGGGGCUUUAUAGAGGGGCUUAUUUUCAGAAUUUUAACGGUAUUAUAUUUCAGAUCAGUUCUUUUAGCAGACUCCUCAACGUUGCGUGUAAUAUGUAAUAAACGAGCAUCAAGUCUAGUAGAGGAGGAGCAGCUAAUGGUCUAAUUUUAUCCCUGCAAAAGCUACAUUUUAGAUAAUAUAUUCUCUUUAUUCUAAGCCAAGCUGGUGCAUUAUAUUGACAAUAGGUGAAAAUAAAAGAAAGUUAAUUAACAUUUAGUCGAGGCCAUGUUGGUUGAUUAUAGAAACUUACUAUACAUAAACUCAGAUGCUUUGCAUAUCGGUUGUGGUUCAUUUUAUCCUUAGUUUAAUUUGUUUUACUUUGCUUCAAAGUAAUUGACUGACAUAUUUUACCAUACCCAAAAACAAAGAAAAAUAAAAUUUAGACUACGGAUAACACUAAAACACAACAGAUAUACCGAUUAUUUCAUAAAAUAUUAAUGAAUGCACCUUUGAAAGUUGUAUAAUGAUUUCCAUUCACUUGACAGAACUGUCAUUCAUAGAAGGAUAAAAUAAAAUUUUAGAAAAGUAGAAAAGUAAGUAUUGACUUUCUUACAAAUUUUUGUGAUGGGCUUCUAAUACCCGGAAGGAUCCGUUUGUUAGAAACCAAUAGUUUUAGGCCAUUGUUGCUCAGCUUUCCUAACAAAAAGUUCCUGACGGAGGAUGCUGUGGUCAAAAUGCUGAAUGCAGACAUUUAUGUCACUGAGGAAUAUCAAGCUUUUUAUUAAAUUUUGAUAGCUCUUCAUUCAAUUUUUUUUCUUUCUAAAGUAAAGCUAACUAAGAGAGGGCUUAUCAAUAUUUUGUUUCACUCAGAAGAUUGAUGAAAGCCAUCAAAGCAUUAAUAAAAGCAAAAUCCAUCAAUUAUAUAAAAUAAUGCAAAAUUAGUAGAUAUCAUUCCCUCUGUCAUCUAUUUGUGGUACAAACUAAGAGCAAGUUUACACGGUUAUUUAGAACAGCUACAAUAAACCCUUUGUGAUGGCAGCUCUAGGCCUGAUUAUGCACUUAAUGAUAAUAAUAGUAAUAAUAAUAAUAAAAGCUUUAUUUAUACUGGGGAUAUCUAUCAGCAUUACACAACGCUGGUCUGCGGCAUGCGAUCUGAGUCAUCGGACGCGCUGAAUCUGAAUCUACUUUCCCGACCAUUGCGACGCUGCUGCCGAACAAGAAAAUGCUUGACGAAAACGUUUUAUUUUCCGGCAUAGCCUGAGACCAGUACCCUUGGUGGCGAAAAUAGAGAAAGAGGCUAGUUUAAGGCCCACUUCCUCUCUACCCGUCUCCCCCGAAGUUUAGCCCUCUUUUCCUCCCGGCAAACGGAGAGCCUCAGCUCACAGGCCAGUCGGUUUUCGUACGCUUUUUUUUCUCAAACAUGUGAUACUUUUUUAUAUUUCUUUAACGAACAUCACCUCAUCAGCUAUAGUCGGGGACCGGAUAAUCCUUGGCAUCUCAGGCCCUGAUCUUUGCCAUUUUCGUACCAAAACCAAAUAAAACAAAAUAAGUAAGCUGUGCCUCUCUGACUGAGUUAUUUUUGAUCGUCUGGGAUAUGUCCCACGCAUAAGGGCUCGCGGACCAUUAAUGGCAACCAGGUUUUAAUUGGCAAUUAAAAUGCAUGCGGGACUUUUCUGAUAUAUUAUUCUGUUGACUCAGCUGCCUUUUAGGUUAAAACGGUUGACUUGAUCAUUAACGAAGCAUACACUUAGGUCUUGCAUUAAAAAUAUGCUUCAUUGCUUUUGGAAGAUAGUACUAAAUAACUUUAUUGUUUUCCCGUCACUUUUUUCUUUUUUAUUCGGAAAUAGACAACUUUCAACACAAGGGAAACAUGCUAAUAUUGUAUUGCGUUCUUUAAAUCGUAUAUGCGAGAUAGUUAAUGUGGUGCUCAUACAUUAGCAUACACAAUGUCUUCUUGAACUGAAAGCUAGAUCGGAGUUCAUAUGCACUUUCUUCCAAGAACGAAAUAAACCUCUGACAACUUUUCAUUUCCGUCCUAAUAAUUUUUUUUCUGAUAGUAAUUUUAACCGCCGUGGAAUUUCCAGCCGAAAAUAACUUGUUUCACACUGUCUUAAUAACAAGUUCUAUGAGCAAAUUAAACGAGACCAAUACACCUCCCUCUAAGAGAUGUAAGUAAAUAAUUUCAACUCAUCCUUCUAAAUGGACGUGUUCGGUGCCUCAAGGCUUUCCAAUUAAUUCUUAUAUUCAAAUUAGUUUGCACUUUAAAGAAAGUUUGUGACACACCUGCUGUCAAAAAUGACAGGCCGAGAGAAAUAAAAGUUAACAGUCUGUGUUGAUAAGGUUGGCGUUUCUUUGGUUGCAAGCGAGUGAACGGCCGGUACGUGUUCAGUUAAGGAAGGAAGCAUAACGUAGGCGAAGUUUGAUCGAGGAAUGUUUAAAUCCAUGAUUUCGUCCGCUAGCAUUAACUAUCAACAGUACCAAAGGAACUGACAUAUUUCUACCAAUUAGGCAAUGGCAAACGCUGAGGAAAUUUCACCGCUAUUGGUAGUCAUUUUAAACAUUUUCUCUUCCUAUACUGCAGUCACGCUGAACGUUAUAACCAUACAUGUGUUGAGAAAAAUUUCUUCGUUGCCGAAGCCUGUAAGAAUAUUACUAAUGAGUCUUGCUGUUUCUGAUCUUGCUGUUGGAUUAAUUGUGCAACCUCUAGCCAUAGCAACGCUAAUAUCUCAAAACACUGAUACUUUCCAGUUUGACAAGACAUCUGAGGUGUUUGGGAUUUGUUUUACUGCAGCCUCAUUUUUAAAUAUAACAGCUUUAGGCGCCGACAGAUUCUUGGCCAUUCACCUUCAUCUUAGAUACCAGGAACUUGUAACUCACAGGCGUAUUGUCACUGCAGUCAUCACGAUCUGGGUGUUCAGUGCAACUGUUUCUGUAUUUGAUCUCUGGGACAGAAUGAUAACGGCUGCUCCAGCUACUCUCCUUGCGAUUGUUAUUGUCUGUUUUAUUUCUGCAACAUUCUUUUAUUCCAAGAUCUACUUAACAGUGCGUCAUCUCACAAACCAAAUUCAUACACUGCACGUGCAACAAGCAUCACAAAACGUUGAGAGCACUUCGCAGAACACAGCAAGGCAGAGAAAAUCUGCGAUCGCUACAUUUUAUGUAUAUAUCGUCUUUUUGUUAUGUAAUCUCCCACAUUAUUCUAUUAAUAUUGCAAACAGGGUAUCUCGUCGUGAAACAAGUGAUUCAGAGGAAACUCUAAUCAUCUAUACUCAGACCCUAGUCCAUCUGAAUUCUUCACUUAAUCCGCUCAUCUACGCGUGGAAGAUGAGACCUAUUCGACACGCUAUUAUGGAAAUACUGCGAAACAUAUUUUCAAAACAUUGCUGUUGA